AUGGCUCGCACCAAACGAAAACAAAAAUCCCCUGUUGUUGCCGUUGCUUCAUCUUCCUCGUCAGCCUCCGACGAUGUCCCUGUUGCGGCAUUGCGGAAGAAACUGAAAGGACAGCAAAACGUGUCGAAAUCAAAAUCAGUUAGUGAGUCUUCUCACUCGUCCAAGGGUGUCGAAUCCUCUAAAUCGACGCCAGAAAAGAAGAAGACGAUACUGAAGCAAGGGACGGAUGCUCAAAAGAAAAUGGGUAUCGCAAAGCUUUCGGGUUCAGUGGAUAAAGCACUGUUGGAUUGCAAAUUCAUCAAAUGGGAGAACUUUAAUCAGGUAAACUUUCACUUUAAAGAGCUUUUUGAAUUUCAAGGUUGGUUGGGUGUCUGUGAAUGCGCAAAUGAAUAUUACCCUAGGCUUGUACAAGAAUUUUAUAGAACCUUGCGCACUGUUGAUGAUGAGGAUCGAUUUGAAGUAAUUUUGAACACAAAUACAUAUAGUGUCUCUGUUGAAUUGAUAGCCACGGCUUUAAAUUUGCCCAAUGAUGGAAAUAGAAUUUCCACACAUAAGGAUGUUGCUAGAGUAGCAGGUUUUAAUCUGGUUGAGUUUGAGAAUGAGGUAUUUCCUGCUAGCACUGCCAAAAAUGAGAAAUCCACCAGUACCAAAGCCCUCCAGCAUAUCAAAAUUAUUCACAGUAUGGUAAACUAUGUGUUCUGUCCGAAAUCUGGCAGUUAUGGCUAUCUAAGUCACUUGGACAUGUGUAUUAUGUGGCACAUUGUGAGUAAAGUUAGGUUAAAUUUAGCCUACUUAAUUUUCAAAAACAUGUGCAAGGCCUAUGGAAUUGGUAAACUGCCCUAUGCACACUUGUUGACUGCUGUGUUUAAAGAGCUAGAGGUGAAUGUCACUAAGGAAAGCUCUAGGGCUGACUUGAUAGUGCUUAGAGAAAUACAUUCAGACACUGAUGGGAGAAAGACCAGAUUUGAAAAGGGUAGUUCCUUCACUGCUAAAGUUGAUUCUGGUUCUGCUAAUGAAGUUUUGAAUGAAAUUCAAGGGCUAAGAGCUGCUGUUAAUGACCAUUUUAGCUCAACAACUCAAUCUCUUGAUAUUCUCAGAAAAUUUGUAGAUGUUGUUGACUAUAAAGUGAGUCACCUACUCACUCAAAAUGAGGAGUUAAAGAAGUUGAUCAUGGUCCUUCAGCAGGCCAAGGACAUUGCAGCUCCAACUAAAGUUGAGGCUGCCACUCAGGUUUCUACUGAUAAGGGAGAAAGCAGCAAGGUUGAAGAGCCUCCUGAAAGUGAUCAAGUUGCUGAAGCUGAACUUCAACCUGUGGUAGAUGCCCAUGAUGAGCAUGCUCCUGACCAUGAUGCACCUAAGCUUGAUCCUACAGCUGAUGUACCCACUGCCCUUGAUGAUCCCAAGGUUGUAGAAGCUGAAAGUGAGUUACCCACAGAAGGUGAAAAGGUUCCAGAUUCUGAACCCAUUGAGCCUGCUGCUCCACUAGCUGAACCUCCUCCUGCUCCACUAGUUGAGCCUGCUGCUGUUCCUACACAGCACCAGGAACCUUCCCUUAAAGACCACCAAGCUAGUGCUCAAACUCAGCUAUCUGCAGCUGCUGUCCCUGCAGCCAAGAAAGGUAAGAAAAGGUACAAGUCCACCAUGUCCAAUCCCUAUCAGACCUUGGCAGCUGCUCUUGAACCACCUUCUGAAGAUGAUGAGGCCGAGCCAGAUGAUCAAGUGGCUGACCAACCACCUCCGGCCCCUGUUAUUAAACUGCCUAGGAAGAAAAUGGUGCCUUCAAAAUCCACUCGCAGGAGUAAAAGACUUAAAUAG